AUGAGGACCGAGUGCGCUGCUCUGUGCAUUGUCCUGAUGAUUAUGUCUCCAACCCUCUUAUCCAGCGCUGAUGGUUGGCUAAUGGCGAAUAUCCCUCUACCUGGAUGCACUGAAGCGCGUUGCCAAACAAAAUGCUUGGAGUAUGCCAAUACGUCUCAUCUAGUGGCAAAGAACUCCCAUUGUGGGAAGCCAAAUAUUUGCCAGUGUGAGUGUUCUGCCAAGCAGCAUCUAUCGCUUACCACCAAAGUCAUGGGAUUAGCUGAUGCAGAGCACGAUAAUGGAACUUUUGUUUGA